AUGGGAGCAUGCUGUGGAAAACCAGACCGUAAGGGACCAGGCUACGUCCUAGGCGCAUCAAACACCUCCUCAAACGCCUCUGCAUCAGACCAACAACGACUCGGAACAGCAGCCGGCAAGGCAAAGGCAGCACCAGUACCACAACAGCAACAGUCUGCUGGUCAGGCACUAGGCGGCGGACCUGCAAGUUCACCACGGGCACAGGGUGAGCUCUCACAGUCCGCCCUGGCUGCUCAAAAGCGCGCCGAAGCUGCUGAGAAGAGAGGCGUCCAACAGGGAGGCGGACAGUUGGCCAAGAAGUUGGCGGACAAGAAGAAGCAGUCUCCCUACGCUGUUGAGGAAUCCCUGCCAGAGCCUACCAACAACAACUCACUCGCACACAGGAACAGGAUGUCUUCGAGUCGCGCAUUUAGGGACGCUGCCACCAUUCUCUUGGCCGGAGGAUCCACCUUCACUCGCCUCCGCGUCACCUCCACACUUCGUGCAUCAACACCCCUCCGCAAUGUUCGAACCUCCCACCACCUCCUCCCACGCCAACGCGCCACCGCCACUUCUUCUCGUGGCUAUGCAAGCAUUUCCACAAACACCACCUCUGCCCCCUCCACAAUCAACUCAACAAUAAGUCUAACCCCCGGAGCACGCGUCAUCAUCGCCACCACCCGCGGAGUCCGCAAUGUCCUCAUCGUUGCUACCUCAACCCUCGGACUCGUCCUCUUCGCCUUCACCGGCGCACAUGCCUACCUCGAACAAUACAAAUGCCCCUCCCCCGCCGGGGUAUCGACUGAGGUUCAGAGGUGUUUGCAUGGUGCUUGGGUCAGGGAGGAGAUCUCGCCGGAUCCGGAUGUUGCAGAGGUGUACCUCCAAAAGGCGGUAGAGUUGGCCAGGAAGGAUCUUGAAACCCUUUAUGCCAAUAAGAAUAAGGGCAAGGAUGGAAUUGAUGAGAGGUUGGCGUUUUUGGAGAUUGAGAAAGAUCAAGCGUUGGUCGAGGUUCAGAACCGAUUGGCGAGGUUCUAUGGACGGAUUGGGCAGGAUGAACAGGCGGCCACAGUCUGGACUCGGCUCUGGAAACUUUCCGAGAAGGAGGACCCUCGCUCCUCAAGUUCUUCUGAGCAGGUAUCUUCGGGACUGGCAUCCAUGUUUGGUAUGGGCGCUUUGGCAGAUCGUCCAUUGAUUUCUCAAAAGGACGGCAUCGCCUAUGCCAAAUCUGCGGCGGAUUGCUGGAUGCGCAUGGGAGAAUACGAGAUGGCCGAGGAGGCCCUCGCCUGGACACUCAGCACCCUCGCCUCUACCACACCAGCGUCAUCAACGUCGACAACAUCAUCAUCCCGGAUCGAGGAAAUCGGACUCCUCUCAACUCUUGGAGCACUGUACGUCCGCCAGUCGAAAUUCGAGUACGCCCUGUCAUUGUUCGUCAAGGCCCUCCAGGCUGUCCAGGACCACCGCGCUUCUCAGACCGACAACUCUGUCGAAACCACGACUGACGAGAAGAAGAAAGCUGAGUUGAAGGAAGACAAAGACAUGUGGUACUGCCGGGAGGCUAUCCUCACCCAGAGCAUUGGCGAAACCCUCUACGGCGCCGCUACUCGGUCCCCCAUUUCCUCUUCCUCCACUACCACUACUAUAACCACCACUCCUGAAACAACGGCAACGAAAAAGUCGUCAUCAUGGAAAUUCUGGAGCUCCUCAUCAUCAUCAUCAUCAUCCUCAUCAACGCCCCCAGCAAAAUCCAAGGCCGUAUCUCAACAAAAGUCCCCACAACAGAUCAAGAAGGAGGAAGAGGCUCUGGGAUGGAUGCAGAAGGCUUUGGAGAUGGCCAAGGCCAAGAGCGGUCAACAUCGCGAUUGUGACGAGUGUGCUGCCCUUGGACUCAACACCCUUGGUCUCAUCAACGAGAUGGAGGGAAAGAGCGAGGUGGCAUUGGCACAGUUCAGGGAGGCAGUCCUCCACGCGACCAUGGCCAAAGACUAUGUCGGUAUCGACGACUACAACAAGAACAUUGCCCGUCUCACUGACACUGAUUCAGAAUCUAUUACCUCUACAUCCACCCUUGCAUAA